AUGACGACUGUUUCCGAUCGUUGGAAUCGUGCUCUAACCGAGCUUUCCAAAUUUCACGAAUUUAAUUUUGAAGAAAGGAGAAAAUUAUUUGCUGAUAUCGAACACCUUGCUCAUGGACCUCUUACUGGAUAUGAGGCUCGUAUUUGCGCAGAGCUUCAUGACUUGACUUCUCGUUUUCGAAGCAUUGACACUUCUUAUAAAAGAGAGACUUCCAAUGCGAUAAAAGAUCUUGGAGACCUUGUGGAGCUUUUUGGCAGAAGACUUCUUAUUUUCGACGAACAAAGUGCACUGUCCCUUACUCAACUGUUUGUGGAUUUCCUACCUCCGACGCAAGACUUUGAUUUGGAAGGAGAAACACCCCUCGCUAUUUCUAUGUUGAAUGGCCUAGCUGCUGUUCUUUAUCAAAAUGGAAUUCAUAUUCCAAUGUUGCUUCCACUUGGCAAGCAUCUUAGUGAUCUAUUUGUCCACUGCUUGAAUCCAGGACUGAACCCAAACAUAAGAUGCGCUCUUGCUCAAUCGUGCGUCAAUAUUUCGCUUCCAUCAAUAACCGGCCACGAUCCAGAAAAAGAAGCGGUAUCACGAGCAAUGGAUAUUUUACUCAAGCUUUUGGACAUGGAAGGCGCUUCUAUGGGAAAUAAGUGCCUUACUACUGCACAUAUGAUCAUGGUGGCGCUCAAAGGAAUAUCACGGAUCCUUGAAAGAAUUAGUUCACGAAACGAGUAUAUUCAUGCGAAUGAUUUGAAUACCUUGUUGACUCAAGGCCUCAACUGGUCUCUUUAUGGGCUUCAAGGGGCACAACCAAUGGAUAAGACGAUCAAACGUGAAGAGCUUCCUGAAGACGUUAUUCCGGAGGAACGCAGCUCAGAUCAUCAACGGGUUAGGAGGAAGAAAGCAGUAACGAGAAGAAAAUUUAGACCAGCUGAGAAUGAGAUGCCAAAUACAGACAUGCAAGAAAUAAAAGACAGACUUCCGUGGCUCGGAGUUUCUUCAAGCUCAGAUAGCGAGUCGGAUACAAAUGCAGAAAAAGAUUCGGACUCUGAAUCCCGAAAAUUGAGACAGAAACGAAGCUGUAUUAGACAAGCUGCACUGAUAACACUUAAAAUUAUUGUCAAAAAUACGGGAAAGCGAGACUUGUGUCACUAUUGGAAGCUUUUUCUCCCUUCGAGUAUUCAAAAUCCAGAAAGCAUCGUUGAAGGUGAUUUGAAUCAGGGAAACUGUGGUUUGAUUCUCUCUAUUCUUUGGGACCCGGCUCCAAAGGCGCGAAAUCUGGCAGUCGAAGUCCUCAGACAUUUUAUUCAACAAUGCAAGCAAUUCAUCCAAAGAUGUUGUGUUGCCCGAAGAUCUGGACCAAAUUACACCUCUCUUGGAGAGGCUCUUACUGUAUCAAUCGAGCGUCUGCAUCAUCUUCUGAUCUUUGCACUUCAAAAAGAACAACGAAUGAAUUUCCUCUGCAAUCAAGAAAUAUUAUUGAUGAACCAGCUUUACAACACUUUGAAGACAGCAUCCGAAGCAACGAACUAUUCAGUCUUCCGUACAAAUCUGCUCAAAACAGUCAUUACAAAAGUUCUACCUCUUAACCGAAUAGCUGCUCAAUUUAUGUUCUUGAAAUCAAUCGCUGGAGAACGAACUCUGUCUGAAAGCUGCAAAGGAUUGUAUUGCGUUCCAUGGGACGAAAUCACGGCUGGAGAAAAUAUCUCCUACAUGAUCUGCAAAUCUGUCCGUGAUGCUCCCUGGCCAAUAGCUACUGCAUAUUCUCUUCUUUGGAACUCUUACGGGCGCGAAGAAUCGCCAUCUUCUGUCCCAUGUGAUCCAAAAAUGAGGACGACUAUCGAAGAAGAAGCGAUCGAAAUACUCCAGAAUUUCACGACCCAUCACUUUUCUACUUUGCAAGAGAACCACGUACAUAUCUUAGAUAUAAUGAAAAUACUUUUAAAUUCCGAAAUGCAACCAAACGUUAUCGCAGCUGCCUUCCGCCUUCUUCAAACCAUCAAUGCCCAGUCGAGAAGUCUGCGAAUGGCUAACAACACUACUCCAGAUGAAGACACACCCGUGCCUACCGAGGCAAUGCUCGGUCUUUGGUCUUAUCUCAUCGAAUCCAUCCUGCCCAAAUUUCUUCAAACAGCUACUCCCGUCAAUGCUUCAAUAUCCGAGGCCGCUCUUGGAGCUGUGUCUCACAUCGAAGGCCAAGUAUUCUCGCGCCUAGACAAUCGGCAACAAGCUUGGGUCAUGUCCGUGAUGCCUGACAUGUGCAACCACUCUGAUAUUGAUGUGCAAACUCGCGCCAUCAAGGCUCUUGGCGAUCUCGUGCUCAUACAAUCCAUCCGCUCCGAUGAAAACUUCCUCAACAAUGUCACCAACGUCUUAUUAAAGAAAACGAUCGAGCAUAAAGAUUUGAUCUUUACUUCUAAUCCUCACGAUUUGAGUUCAAAAGUGCGCAAUGAUUUGAUCUACGCGAUUGCCUGUCUUGCAGAUGCAAUGAGGUUGACAAUGGAAGAGAGAAGGGUUGAUGAAGCAGAAGACUUGCCCUUUGUUUAUGAGAUUUUUUCUCAGGCUGAAAUCUCGUCCUUUUUCGACUUGAUGAACCUCUCAAAGGACUUUUACGACCACAUAUCAGCGCAAGACCGCGUUAAACCACAGGCCUUACGAGCAGUUGGCGGAUUUCUACAACUCGCACCUCCGAAAACACCAAAAUGCACAGUUCUUCGCUUAGUAAAAGUUCUUGAAUCUGCCAUCAAGCAGCGCAAUGCCAAAGUUGUUUGGAAUGGGUCUAAGGCUGCCGAGUACUUCUUCGGCAAUGAUUCGAUAUCUUCUAUCAAUCAAGAGUGGUCCCAUUUGCUUAUCAAAGCACUUUCGUCUUCUAUGAAGUCUCAUCAGCAUAGCAAAGUCAAAAUAAGUUGCUUAUCGUCACUUAACUCGCCAAACGCACUGAAACUGAUCAAAUCAGACCCUGCAAGUCAGGUAGACCUUAUGCAAGAUCUUGAACAUCUCGCGGGCACUUAUCAAAAGAUGGACUCAACACUUGUCGACUACAGAUCAAAAAUGCGUGACUUGCUCAUCGAAGUUGUUGCCCAGCUCACUUCUGCAGAUCAAUGCUCGAUCGAGAUUGAUACACUUGUUCAAAAUCGAACGAAAACAUUAGCUCUACCUUUCCAGGAAUAUGUUGACACGAAUGGAUUGGAAUCGCUCGACAAGAUGCUCAAAUGUUAUGAAGCAAACCGAACAUUGCUCAACCCGAUCACUAGCAUUCUUGUUGAUAAAAUGGAUGACAACGGCAACGAACUUGGUCUCAAUGCUGACUCUAUUCCUGACAUAGUACCAGGGACAGUUUUACAACCUGGACAAUUCUGA